GUAUUGUUUUUCUAUACAAUAGCUAUAUAUAGACGUGAGAAAAUGGUUGCUUCAAAAUAAAGCAAAUUAAAGAAAUUUUUGCAAAAGCUUCGGCCCUUAAAGCUAAUUUCUUUAAACUUUCAAAUUGUAUUUAUUUAUUUAUUUGGCCGCAGCAGAGGUGAAUAUUAGCUACCCACUAAGCCACUGUGCCACCCAUGGAAAAUCUAAAAAUACCAGCGAUGACAGGCCAGCCAAAAACUAAAAUACACUGUGACUCAUUUUGUGUUAUGUGACCUACUGGUAUUCAGCAGUGAAAUCCUUUUAAUACUGUAGUUGUCUGUGUUUCAGUGCUCAGCACUUGAAUGACAUGAAGACUGGGAGAGAGCUGGGGUUCCGCUGUGGUGUUAACAGUUUGUAGGAAACAAGUCGGCAUUAAGGAAAUGACCUAAACCACUGUGUUUCAAAGGUGGUGCAAGUGAAGUCACACACAAGCUGAAUGCUCUUAGUUGAACUAGACUCUUUGUGUUUUAUUCAUAUAUAUCUGCAUUCGGAGACAUGCUGUUGAACAAAAUUCAGAUUUGGGUCUUGUCGAUCUUACUGUAUUGUAACGUUCCAACUUCAUGCGGUCAUAGCAGAUGUAACAAGGCAUGUGAGAUUACUGCGUUGGUCAAGGGUACCAUUAACUCUGCUGUCCUACUGCCGUGCAACAUAACCGUGUAUCACACUGAAACUGUGAUGUGGAGCCAAGCCGCUGAUUUAGUGACAAUCAGAACACAUGGAUAUGUCAAUUUCUUUGAUAACCGAGAGGGCAGAGUGAAGACAUUUCCCUACUUGUCCAACAAAGGAAAUUUCUCGAUCCGACUGGAACAUCUCCAGCAGUCCGACCUGGGAAUUUACUGCUGUGAGGUACAGGGUGGAUCAUCAUCUGCCUGCAACAAAGUGAACGUUACUCUGGAUUUAGAAGAAAAUCUAGAAGGGAACUCUGUGAAGCGUUUCUUGGCAGGCAGCUGGUACUAUAUUGCCGCUGCUGGAGUCCUGGUGCUCAUUGCCCUUAUCGUCAUCUGUGCCUGCCACAUGAAGAGAAGAAGUGAACCUGAUGAUGCUGAUUAUGUCAAUGAAGGCUACACUGGAAGUUGGGAUCCUUGCAAUGAGCCCAUGGAUACCGUAUGUGGCCAGAUGGAUGGGGAAGCCAGCAAAGAAAAUCAACUGCAGAGUUCCGACGUACAGCAAAGUGGAAAUCCAGUAACCAUUUAUGAAAACAAUGAACAUGAUCCAAGCUGGACCUGUGUGAGAGAAAUUAAUUCAUACCAAAACACUAUAUCUACCUCCAGAACACAACAUAUAACUGAAAAACAGCAGUAUGUCAACCAGUCUGAAAUUGUGCACACAGAGUCCAAAACAAGGAAGAAUAAAAGAAGCUUAUGGAGAAGAAAAGCUAAUGACAGUAUUGAAUACAAAAACCCAAUCUAUUCCAACAGCAGAGAGCAGCUUCAUGAGCUUUAGAAUAUUUUACCUAAUUAUAACACUGUAUAAAGACAGAAUGUGUUUUCCAGUCUAUUUACUUAAUGCUAUGAUGAUUAUUUUAGCCGCAAUAAUGGAAUUUUAUGUUUUGAAUAACUGCAUUGAUAAUUGAUUUUGCAUGUCCUGUACCAAAAAUCUAAAUUACAUGUUUUUCAUUCAGAUGAUGAAAGUUUUGUUGUAUGCUUAAUAAAAUAGCAGGCAUCAUAUUCUA